UAAAUAUGCAAAAAAGGAGCUGAAAAUAAGACUAAUAACUACUUAAGCAAGAGAGCUCCUUUAAAUCUUUAUGUGCUUAGUUCUCUCUCCCACUUUUUUCUGCAAGUUUUUCCAUACACAUUUGAGUUGCUGGAUCAAAGAUGUGGAAUAGAAGAAUUGUGUUAGUCUUGUUCAUCAUGUUGCUGGCAUGGGCAUAUCAGAACACCUGCCCUCCUCCUCCUAAAAUCUGUGGCUCCCCUGGCGGUCCACCUAUCACAGCUCCCAGAAUAAAGCUGAGGGAUGGAAGGCAUUUGGCCUACAAGGAACAUGGUGUGCCAAAACAAGUUGCCAAAUACAAGAUUAUCUAUUUUCAUGGCUUCAGUUCUUGCAGACAUAAUGAAAUUAUCGUAACAAAAGUCUCCCCGGAACUUGUCCAAGAACUUGGUGUUUAUGUUGUGACUUUUGACAGACCAGGGUAUGGAGAAAGCGACCCGGAUCCUAACAGAACAGUGAAGAGUUUGGCAUUGGAUAUAGAAGAGCUUGCUGAUCAAUUGGGACUAGGUUCAAGAUUCUAUGUGAUUGGACUUUCGAUGGGUGGUCAAGUCGUCUGGAGUUGUCUCAAAUAUAUUCCACGCAGGUUAGCAGGAGCAGCACUAAUAGCUCCUGUUGUGAACUACUGGUGGCCAGGCUUUCCUGCAAAUUUGUCUGCAGCAGCCUACUACAAGCAACCAUUAGCCGAUCAAUGGGCGGUCCGGGUGGCUCACCACAUACCAUGGCUGACCUAUUGGUGGAAUACUCAGAAAUUUUUUCCAGCUUCCAGUGCUAUAACACGUAACCCUGAAAUUUUCUCUCCCCAAGAUGAAGAAAUUUUGAAGAAGAUUUCUGAUACUGUGAGAAACAAAGAUAAGCCUCAUGAGGUGAAGCAGCAAGGAGAAUUCGAGUCAUUCCAUCGAGACUUGAUAGUUGGAUUUGGGAGUUGGGAAUUUGAUCCAAUGGAUCUUGAGAACCCUUUUCAGAACAAUGAAGGUUCUGUUCAUUUAUGGCAUGGUGAUGAUGAUAGGCUUGUUCCGGUUACACUGCAACGCUAUAUUGCCAGUAAACUUCCAUGGAUUCACUACCAUGAGAUCCCAGGUAGUGGACACUUUUUUAUAAACCUCGAUGGAAUGAGUGAAACUAUCUUAAAUGCUCUUCUUGUUGGGGAGAAGAAGUAGCCAACUUUUGGUAUAUGGAGCAUCAUACAUGCUAGAAAAUUUCUCAAUGACAGAGAUCCAAUUCAAGGUUGUUUACUUAGAAAAAAUAAAUAAACAAAUAAAUAUUGGGUAGUCCAAUUGUGAAGCCUCAUGAUUAAUUUGUCUGACCAAAUCCAUUCACUUUCAUACGCUAUUAAUUGCAUCUUUGUGCAUAUUUGGGUGCAUAGAAGCACUUCCUAUGGUGUUUGAUAAAAAUAUAUUAGUGUUUUUAUGGUAA